AUGGCGGCAGAUUAUCUUGUGCCAAAGCCAGACAACCCUGGUGUCCAAGACACAGACACGGAAGAAAGCGUCAAGAGACCGGUGGGAAAUGAUGCCCAAGGCCAUCCCGGGAGCGCUGCUGUCGAGCAGGAUAGGCCCCUCGAUCAGGCGUCCAACUCAAUCACUAACCCCUUGGUGUCUCAAACCUCGUCUUAUGUGCGAGAUCCUGUUGGAAGAUACCGAUUUCUUGGUCCGUCUUCGACAUGGACGUUCAGCCAGAGGGUUUUCGACCACCUCAAAGAAGCGUUCCCCCAAAACCAAAUAUCCCCAGUGUCGAUGAAUGUCGAUGGGACUGCGUAUCAGAUCGAAUGGACAGCCGUAGAUCCGACCGCUGCCGUGGAUACUACUGAUCUACCUUCAAUUGACUAUACUCUCUAUUUGAUGAAUGCCGUGAAAUUUCACACAUGUCAGAUGUACAGACCGUUCGAUGACGAAGAGUUCACGCGCAAUUUGUACGAAUUUCAUCAACUUGGACUUGAAAAAAUCAACUCUUCUAGACUCUGGUUCGUUCAAUUCCUAUUGAUUGUGGCCCUUGGAAAAGCUAUGGUCAUUACGGUGAAGGAUCCUACUACCGCUCCUGGUUCACUAUGGUUCCAACGUGCGAUGUCCCUUAUGCCAGAUUUUGUGCGUCUUCAGCGCGAGUCCGCCCUUGCCAUCCAGGUUUUAUGUCUCGUGGCACUGUACCUUGUAUCAGUUGACAUGAAAGAGGCUGCGUAUGGAUACAUCGGUCAAGCCGUCCGCCUCUGUCUUGUAGACGGUUUACACCGCGACACGCCCCGUCAGGCGAUGGGUGAAAAAUUGGCAAGUCACUAUCGAGAUAUCUGGUGGACAGUGUACAUUCUCGAUCGAAGAUUGUCGUCAAUGAUUGGUGCACCAAGUUCCAUACAGGACGCAGAUAUCACCUGCCCGCUACCAGGCAUAGACGAUGAUUCCCAGCGAGGAAGAGUUCUGAACAUCCAUGUCAAAAUAUCGAGGCUGAUGGCUCAGAUAUUAAAUUCCGUAUACAGUGUUGAACGCCUUAGUCGACCUUUCGUUAAGAUCAUUCAAACUGUUCUGAGGGACAUGGCUGCAAUGGCCCAUGAGAUGGAUGCCGUGUUUACUUCGGCUGCCCAUGGGGAAAUCGGGGCCGUCUCAACAGUAGCUUCGCACAUCAAUUUGUCCUACCACCACUGCAUCCUCCUCGCCACCCGACCGUUGUUGCUACACCUCAUGAUCGCUCGUCUUCGCGGAACCUUGGGUUCCAACGACUUAGAGAAGACAAUGUUGCCACAGACGAAGGGCUUGCUUGAUACCUGCUUACAAUCUGCACGAAUGACGCUCCGGGUAUUGUCAACUUUGUACGAGCACCAUUUGUUGGAUUCAUUUUUACCCUUUGAUCUCGAGAGCAUAUUCUCUGCAGCUUUUAUCGUGACCAUGGCAUCUGCUAUCGUUCCAUCCAUGAUACCCGAUGUAGCUUCAUUCAAAGCCACCAGCUACCGGAUCCUGGACUACCUUAUUCGUAAGGGCAAUAUACCGGCCCAAUUCCGGAAGCAAGAACUCCUCUGCUUGGAUGAGAUGAUUCUGCCCCUUCUUAAUCAGGGCGAUCAAGGCUUGUCCCAGCAGGCUCACGAUCAUGAUGAAGUGCCUAAUGUGCAUCCUCUAGAUCUAGGACUGUUUAGUGGAUGGAGUGCAGCACCAGGAGAGGGUGGACUAAGUCCGUCCCAGAUGUUGAACAUUGCUGAUCAACUAGAAAACCAGGCCGAACAUUUGACCAGUAUGGAUAGAGCAUGGGCUGCGACCAGUCCGUGGGCUUGGUGGUGGGAGCGUCAGAACGACCCAGGAAAUCCUUAUCCUGCCAUUUGAGAGACCACCCGACUUGGGUCAAUUAGGCGAUAUCUUGUCGCAGUUCAAUGUGACAACUAUCCAGCUGAUUGAACGCAAAGCCACUACUUGCGAUGUUAUCCUCUUUUUCCACUAGGAUAUUUAUCGUUCCCGUAUAGAAGGCGCUUCCCUCGACCAAAACUCUGACAGUAGGAUUAUCGACGCGGAGAUCGGAACUCGAUAUCUUCGAACUGGGCUUCACAAUCUCAGUAAUGGAGCCCCUCAAUCCACCGGAUCCAGAAUUGGCUUUGGAAAGCAAAGAAUGGUAUACUCGCUUUUGUGUAGCGUUCAACUCGCCCGUGGCGUACGCGAGAGCAAUACGAGCUGCAACGCCACCACCUGUAGGGGAGCGGUCUAUCUGCUCAUCCGCAAAGAAACAAAGUCCAGUCUCCUCGCUGUCGUGGCCGUUGGAAAGCUCGGGUUCAUCGAUACGCCUGGCUCUAUCGACUAUCAACACUGAAUACAAUGGCUCCGCCUCACUAGCAUCUCGAAUUGUGGUGUAUGGCGACAUCUCAGGGUUUGUAUUCACGGCUGCUUUGAGCAAACUUGCAGCCUUUUUCAUCUUCUCAAUGUCGACUCGGGCUAGUCCUUGGGGGAAUCCGAGUUCCUGUGCAUCAAUCAAGCAAUAAAAAACGCCUCCAUAGCUAAAAUCGGCAUUGAUUGAACUUCGACCGCCCAACUCUGGCCACCGGAAGGAGGGUUUGAUAGGAAUCCGCACCGAGAUGCCACUUGCGUAGCAAGGCA